UAGGCGGAGCUAAAAUCUCUGCACUUUUUGGGAGCUGUAGUUUUGUAUUGUUCUUCAUUUCCUGACCAUUCUGUUCAAAAACUACAUUGUCGUACUGUUCAAAACUUCCGUAAAUAUUACCACCCCGUGAGUAACGUUAGCUAGCAAGCCAGAUACUUAGAAAACCUCGUGUAUAUCCUGUAUAAACAACGUUUCUGGACGCCCUUCUCGGAUAUUCGCGCUGUCUUGUGGCCUCAUAUUACGCCCAUCAGUUUUAAGGAUCAAAUCAGUGCUGACAAUAAAAUGCCAAAGGAAUCCGAGCAGCCCUCAAAUGAAGAAGAUAAGCAACCAGAUUCAAGAGACUCGGGUACCAUUACAGACAAGACUGAUGCUGCUGAAGAGCUUGUACAGAAACAAAUGGGGAGGAACACACCAAGUCCCCACAGAAUGACUCCUCAGUCUAGCCCUCCCAUGUUUGUAUCCGUUGAGGAGCUCAUGGAGACUGCCAAAGGAGUCACUAACAUGGCGCUUGCUCACGAGAUUGUGGUGGAUGGAACCUUUCAAGUGAAACCCCCUGAACCAGCUGAAGGAAGCUUGGAAAAAAGAGUAAAGGACAUCAUGCACAAGGCAUUCUGGGAUUGUUUUGAAGCACAGAUGAGUGAAGAUCCGCCCAUGUACGAUCAUGCAGUCAAGCUGGUUGGGGAGAUCAAAGAGACUCUGCUGUCGUUCCUCCUGCCGGCUCACGGCCGUCUGCGGGGGCAGAUAGAGGAGACGCUGGAUCUUUCUCUCAUCCAGCAGCAGGCUGAGAAUGGAGCUCUGGACAUUGGCAGGGUGGCUCAGUUCAUCAUCGGCAUGAUGGGAGCCCUCUGUGCACCCUUAAGAGAUGAGGAAGUCAGGGAACUGCAUGACAUCACAGAUACUGUGCCACUCUUAAAGGCUAUAUUUUCAGUUCUGGAUAAGAUGAAAAUCGACAUGGCAAAUUUUGCAGUCAAAAGCAUCCGUCCACAUUUACUACAGCACUCUGUUGAGUAUGAAAGGAAAAAAUUUCAGGAUUUUCUCGAAAAACAGCCAAAUGCAUUGGAUUUGACCAGAAAAUGGCUUGAAGACUCCGCAAGUUCCCUGAGAAAUGGAGAGGAGCAAAGCAACGUGGCAGGGGCAGUGGCAGUGGCAGUGGCAGGGGCAAGGCACUUGUCUGUACACAAUCAUGCUUAUCUGUGUCUGCUCAAGUGGGACCAUUCUGCUGCUCCCUUUCCUGAGACGAUGCUCAUGGACCAGGUACGAUUCCAGGAAAUGCAGCUGGAGUUGGAGCAGCUGACAACAGUGGCAUCAGUGCUGUUGAUCGUGUACAAUAGUGCUGGGGAUGCCAUCUCAGGCCUGCCAGGCCUCAUGGACCGUCUGAAGAAUACUGUCAGAGUGCUGUUAGCAGACAGGCAUACACCCUCAUUCAAUGCAGAGGAGGCCUUCGCAACCAUAGGGGAGCGGAUGUGUGCGGAGCUAGAGGAGUGCUCGUCAAAGCACGCUUUCUCUCCUUUCGCCAGGGAUCGGCAAAGUGCUUUGAAAGGCCAGAUUGCUGCAGUCAGCUGCCCUGACAACCCUAUUUUAAGGCUUAUAGACUCUCGCAUACAGACCUAUCUGCUGGCUUUUCUGGAGUCCAGUCCCCACAGGAGUCCUGUAGCCUUGCCGGGGGGUCUUGCACCCAUCAGUAAAGAGCUGGAAGAUAUUGCUGUCCGGCUUGGGCGUCUGGUGAACUUCAACAAACUGGUCUACUCUCCUUUCUACCAGGAUCUCCUCCAGGCCAUCUUGACAGAUGAGGAAAAUGCAAAAAUUGAGCCCUGAGUAUAAAGCCCUUCACUUAUAUCCCAGCAGCCAGGCUUUCCCUCUAGCUAUACUGUAGGUAUGGAGUCUCGCCAGUGUGACAGCAAAAAUACUAAAUAAAGAAACCCACCUACAUUACCUACUCUUAAAAUGCACACUUAUAUAUGCUUAUAAUUUGUGAUGCACUUGCAACAAAAUGGACAGGUGAAAUGUAACAUUCCUUAUUCUUGAUUUUUUUGAAAAGGUCUUAUGAAAUGUUUGAUUGUUUGGAAAUUCAGGUGAGUAGGAGGAAUUGAAGAUUUGUAUUUGCGAUUUACAGGGGGUGAAAGGUAUUGACAUUAUUGACUGGUGCCUUAGCAUGCUUUGCAGUUGUCCAUCUUCAGUUUUGUGUUCAGAUUGUCUUUUAAUGCCAUGAGAGAUGACACAAUAGCUGCACCAAAUGUUAUCAACUUCCUGUGUGAUAUGUAAAUAAUGGUACCAAUUAAUGGUACCAAUAUUUUCUCACUGCUGGCACCCACAGAAUCAUUUGGUUUUCUCGUUACUCAUCUCACAUUCUCACAUCUUUGUAACUGUGCGAUAAGUGGUCAGACUGCAGUAUUAUUGGGCUAUUGGAAAUCAAUGCGUUCUGUUGCACAGCAUAUAUGCAUUUAGGAUGGAAAUUGUUGGACAAGAAAAUGACUUGAAUCAUCAACAGUUC